AUGCAGCCGUUUCAGCUCACCCUCUCCAACAAUGGCACCGUGACAGGUCUCCAAUCUAUCCCACCAUUAUCGGCACUGUCUGCUGAUAACCGUCCCUUGAUUGUUGGACUCCACGGCGGAGGCUAUGAUAGUCAAUAUUUCGAUGCCACUCCCAAGUAUUCUGCCUCCUUGGCGAGUAUUGCAUUCGGGGUGCCUUUUGUGUCCAUCGAUCGUCCUUCUUAUGGAGGAACCAGCUCGAUUCUGCCCAUUCCAGAGGGAUCUGACUUCCCCCAAGAGACUGGUAUCUGGUUGCACCGCUACAUCCUGCCGGAAAUUUGGACCGAGAUUGGCGUACCCAACAAAUGCAACUGUGUCGUCCUCUUUUGCCAUAGCCUAGGGGGCAUGGGAGGGAUAGUCGCCGCAGCUUUGCACGCUCAAGACGAUACACCGUUAUACCCACUUGGUGGUAUGAUUUCAAGUGGCUUGGGCAACAAUCAGCCUGAAUCGAUGAAGAAUUUUACCCCAUCUUUCUUGCCUGUUGAUGCCGAGCACGGAUUAUUUCCUGUGAAUGACAAAGAUGCUGUGAUGUUCAAACCAGGGACUGUUUCCCCAGAGGUUUUGGAGCAAAGUGAACGCCUCAAUGCCGUGUCUCCAUAUGCGGAAACUCCUCACUUUGCACCUGUGUGGCUCCCCGAAUGGAAAGAGAAGUGGGCGGCGCAUGUGUUAGUGCCCGUGAUGUUUGCUCUUGUGGAGGAUGAUCCCUUUUUUGUUAGUUCGGAGGAAGAACUUGAGGCCUGCGCGCAGGCGUUCAAGAAUAGUCCUCGUGUUGAUAAGAGUUUGAUUAGAAGUGCGCCUCAUUGCAUCGAGCUAAGCCACUGGUCGCAAGGGUGGUAUGCUCGAGGCUUUGGUUUCGCGCUGGAAUGUUCUGCCAGUUUGGCGAAUGACGGGACAUCCUAG